AUGGCCGACACCACGGGAAGCGCAAAGCCGAAGAAGAGCCUCGUGCUCAAUGCCUUCGUUGAGAUGUGCAGUGGACAUCAAUCCCCCGGACUCUGGAGACAUCCCGAAGACGAGUCGUGGCGCUUCAACGAGAUCAGCCAUUGGGUUGAGCUGGCCAAGCUGCUCGAGGAGGCCAAGUUCCACGGAAUCUUCAUCGCUGAUGUUCUUGGAGGCGGCUACGAUGUCUACUCGCAGUCCCUCGAUCCCGCAAAGGUUUCCGGUGCCCAAUGGCCCGUCAACGAGCCAUUGGCCCCCGUGGCUGCCAUGGCUGCGGUAACGAAGAGCAUUGGCUUUGGUGUGACGGUAUCGACGACAUAUGAGCAGCCUUACCACCUUGCGAGGCGUUUGUCGACUCUUGACCACCUGACGGGCGGUCGUCUCGGUUGGAAUAUCGUGACGAGCUACCUGGAUUCCGCAGCAAAGAACAUGGGUCUCGCCCAGCAGCCCCAGCACGACGACCGAUACGCACAAGCCGAGGAGUACAUCAAGGUCAUGUACAAGCUCUUCGAGUCCUCAUGGCGAGACGACGCUGUCAAGCUCGACCGCAAGUCAGGCAUCUACACCCAGCCCGACCUCGUCCGCAAAAUCGACCACAACGGCCGCUUCUUCAGCGUCCCCGGCCCGCACAUCGUCCAACCUAGCCCUCAACGCACCCCUCUCCUCCUGCAAGCCGGAACCUCCAAAGCAGGCAAACAAUUCGCGGCGCAGCACGCCGAAGCGAUCUUCGUCUCGGCGCACGCGCCCGCCGUAUGCGCAAAGAACAUUGCCGAGAUCCGAGAGCUCGCGCGGACGCAGUACGGCCGUGAUGGCAAGGACAUCAAGGUGCUCGCGCUCGUGACGCCGAUCCUGGGCGCCACGGAGGAGGAGGCGCAGGCGAAGCUGGCUGAUUACCGCAAGUACGCCUCGCACGAGGGCGCGCUGGCGCUGUUUGGUGGCUGGACGGGUAUUGAUCUGAGCAAGUAUGGUGAUGAGGAGGAGCUGAGGCAAGUGGAGAGCAAUGCUGUCAAGUCGACUGUUGAAGGGUACGCGCGGUUCUCGCCGGGUACGUCAAAGUGGACGAAACACACUAUUGCCGAGCACGUCAGCAUUGGUGGCAACGGGCCCAUCUUCGUCGGUACGGCUUCGCAGGUUGCGGAUGGGCUUGAGACGUGGAUUGAGGAGGCCGAUGUUGAUGGAUUCAACUUUGCGUAUGCCCUCUUCCCUCAGUCCUUCAAGGACAUCAUCGACCUUCUCCUGCCUGAGCUGCGUCGUCGCGGUCUCUUCUGGGACGAUUACGCUGUUCCCGGUGGAACGUACAGAGAGAACUUUUACCGCAAGCAGGGCCAGUCGGGGCCACUGGACGAGCACGUCGCGGCAUCAUACAGAUGGAAGGCGGGAGUUUCGGCUGAGGAGGCGAAGAUUCCGGAGUAA